AUGUCUGGCCAUCAGCACUUAAACCUGCCUAAAACCCAUCGGUUAGUCUUAAUGAUGGUGUUGGUUAUCCUCUUUAUGCUCGCAGAACUGAUAACGGGUUACUGGUGUCACUCAUUGGCACUUGUCGCAGACGCUUUUCAUAUGAUUUCUGAUUUUAUGGCCCUGAUUGUUGGACUUGUUGCCACCAGAAUAGCUAAAAAACCAAAGUCUUCUCGAAAUACCUUCGGAUGGCAACGUGCCGAGGUCAUGGGCAGUCUGAUAAACUCAGUCAUGCUCAUAGCACUAUGUUUCACUAUCCUCAUCAACGCUAUUGAGCGCUUCAUUUUUCUCGAAGAAAUCAACAACCCAAAACUGAUGUUUUACGUUGGAGUCGGUGGUCUGGUUGUAAACAUUCUUGGUCUUAUUAUAACUGGUGGACACGGGCAUUCUCAUGGUCCUGCUCCUGUUGAAGGUGUUGUGGAAGAACUCAGACAGGAUAUUGUCGAUUGUGAAAAGAUGGAGGUUGGUGUAAACACGAAUGUUACCCCCAACGGUAAUAUCGGUUCAUAUGAAGCAAUGGAUUCGGAGUUUCUUGCCUCUAAUGUUCAAACUCGACGAAAAUCUGACUGCUGCUCCUGCUUAUCGACUCUUCAGUAUCUUCGGCGACCUUCUGACACUGAUCAAGAUCAUGAAAAUUGUCAUCUUGCUCCCUGUCGCAACAUCAAACCUCGCAAAGUCGCUAAAGAAACCCGAUCUAUGAAUAUGCAGGCUGUAUUCCUGCAUAUUUUGGCGGACUUUUUUGGAUCGGUUAUCGUAGUCACCUGUGCUCUUGUAAUUUGGCUUGUUCCUGGCAAUCCCCAAGAUUCACAUUACAAAUGGAAACUCUAUUUGGAUCCUUGCUUAAGCAUUUGUAUGGUCCUCAUCAUCUCCAUAUCAACGAUACCACUGACACUCAAGUCCAUUCUCAUCCUUCUGCAAUCUGUCCCACGGGAAAUUUGUGUCAAGAAUGUGAAAAAUCGAAUUGAAAAGAUCGAAGGUAUCGUCAAAAUUCACGAUCUUCAUGUAUGGCGUCUUCAACCCGAUUGCAUUAUUGGAACUGUACACCUGCGUAUUCGGGGUCUGCCUGAAGGUGAGGAAGAUGAAAGAAGGAAAGAUGGUCAUGUGGCAGAAUAUCAACAAGAACAAAGGGAAGAAAAGAUGAAAAAGCCUGUUAAGCGAGGAAAGUCAUCUGGAACGGAUUAUGUUGAAGUUGCCCGAAAGGUGAAGGCCAUAUUCCAUGAAAACAAUAUCCACUGCACCACAAUUCAACCGGAAUUUGAAGAUGGAACCACUGAUAAUCCCGAGGAGUGUCUCUAUGAUUGCGGCCCAGAUGAGACCUGCUGUCCCACAACUUGUUGCGCUACUCAGAACCAGGAUCCCAACGACACUGGUACUAGCAACAACCCGAAACGGUUGAAGAAUGGGUCAUCCAGCGUGACUCCAACGCCUGUAGUUAUCAGUCCCGCUGGAAUACCUGAAGCUACCAUUUCUCUGCGGGAUGAUUACCAAGGAGCCACUGAAGAUGGGAACAAUAACCUUUAA